AUGUCACGUGAUUUUGAUGGUGCACACAGAUCUUCAAGAUGGCGACCAGUCCGUAGUCGUCUUGCGAAUCGCCCGUCUUUUCUCCCGUUUCAUCGAAAAUCAAACAACAGUAAGCCAUUCUUGGCUCCUUACAGAUCUGUUCAGGAUGAAAGAUUUCAGUUCUUGAUGGAAUUCCUCGAGUAUCUGAGAAGCUGGAAAGAGAGCACAGAAAACAGACCCGGAAACUUCAGUCAGAAUGCAAGGGCACGCAUGUUUCUCUCCUGGCAGACGUACGAAGGCUUCCAGCUUACUGUUCAAUCUACCAUUGAAUCUACCAAGUUCCUUCUUCAAGAGGGUAUGGAGUAUGUUCUGACGGAACGAUUCUGUCAGGAUCCUGCAGAAGAGUUCUUUGGUAAGCAGCGACAGCUCGGUAGACGAAGUGACAACCCAGACAUAAGUCAGUUUGGGUACAAUAGCAACACUAUAAGAAUUGAGAGGUCAAUUUCACGUCAAAGUGGAAACACUAGAGGCAGGAAGGACAAGAAGAGAGCAUGGGUGCAGGUUACAGAUGAGAAAUUGCCGUGUCGAAAAAAGCUCAAACUUUAA